AUGGAGGCAAAGUCGGAGACCAUUUUCCGGUCAAGGCUGCCGGACAUUUAUAUACCCAAGCAUCUCUCUUUGCAUUCGUAUUGCUUUGAAAACAUUUCCGCUUUCAGUGACCGGCCGUGUUUGAUUGACGGCGCCACCGGUGAUGUGUACACCUAUGCUGACGUGGAGCUUACCUCACGAAAAGUCGGUUCUGCCCUUCACAAACACGGGAUCAACAAGGGUGACGUCAUCAUGAUUUUGCUCCCGAACUCGCCGGAAUUUGUCUACUCGUUCCUCGGCGCUUCCUUCAUCGGCGCCGUCUCCACCAUGGCCAAUCCGUUCUUCACCUCCGCCGAGAUCAUCAAGCAAGCCAAAGCCUCCGCCGCUAAAAUUAUCAUUACUCAAUCGGAACAUGCGGCGAAGGUGAAGGACUUUGCAUCGGAGAAUUCUAUUAAGCUCGUCUGUAUCGAUUCGGCUCCGGAGGAGUGUUUGCACUUCUCGGAGUUGAUUUCCGGCGAUGAGGAGGAGCUUCCUGAGGUUGAGAUCUCGUCGGAUGAUGUGGUAGCCCUGCCGUACUCCUCCGGGACCACCGGACUACCAAAAGGAGUCAUGUUGACUCACAAAGGGCUCGUAACGAGCGUAGCGCAGCAAGUCGACGGCGAAAAUCCGAAUCUAUGGAUUCACAGCGAGGAUGUGCUGAUGUGCGUGUUGCCAUUGUUUCACAUCUACUCGUUGAAUUCGAUCUUGUUGUGCGGAUUACGCGCAGGUGCGGCAAUCCUGAUCAUGCAGAAAUUCCAUAUAGUUCCAUUUCUGGAGCUGAUUCAGAAGUACAAAGUGACGAUCGGACCAGUUGUACCGCCUAUAGUUCUAACCAUUGCGAAAAACGAAGAAGUGGUGGAUAAGUACGAUCUGACCUCGAUACGGACGGUGAUGUCCGGCGCGGCGCCGUUAGGGAAAGAGCUUGAAAACACCGUUAGGAUGAAGUUCCCCAAUGCGAAACUCGGACAGGGUUACGGGAUGACGGAGGCAGGGCCAGUGCUGGCGAUGUGUUUGGCUUUUGCGAAAGAACCGUUCGAGAUCAAAUCAGGAGCUUGUGGCACCGUCGUCCGUAAUGCGGAGAUGAAGAUCGUGGAUCCAGAUACCGGAGUUUCUCUUCCUCGGAAUCAACGCGGCGAGAUCUGCAUUCGCGGUGAUCAGAUCAUGAAAGGUUACCUUAACGAUCCAGAAGCGACCAAGAGUACUAUUGUAGAUGGUUGGUUGCACACCGGAGACAUCGGGUACAUUGAUGAUGAUGACGAACUUUUCAUAGUUGAUCGACUGAAGGAACUAAUCAAGUACAAAGGGUUUCAAGUUGCUCCUGCUGAGCUCGAAGCAUUGCUACUCACACAUCCCGACAUCUCAGAUGCGGCCGUUGUACCAAUGAAACAUGAGGAUGCGGGUGAGGUUCCCGUUGCUUUUGUGGUAAAAUCGAACGGUACCACCGUCACGGAAGUUGAAGUCAAGCAAUUUAUUUCCAAACAGGUUGUAUUUUAUAAGAAAUUAUACCGUGUGUUCUUCAUUGAUAAGGUCCCGAAAUCUCCAUCGGGGAAGAUUCUUCGUAAGGAUCUAAGAGCGAAGCUAGCGGCUGGUGUUCCGAAUUGAUUACUUCAUCUGUUUAUAUUUACAUUUAUUUACAGGCGUUUUUUCUUCAAAGUUAAAAUGACUGAAUAUGACGCGAAUUACAACUUUUAAUUCGUAAAAGCACAAAAUAUUGAAGCUUCUUGUGUUGUAUUUAGCCAAUUUAAACGUUUGUAAGAAUAUCUGUCUGAAUUAAAAGUAAUAUGUGGUUUACGUACUUACGUAUUGUUUGAAUAUAAUCAUUUUAAGUUUGAUGAGCUA